AUUUAGUCUUUUUGAAACGCUCGUCGCGUUAACACUUUAUCGAUGCGUUUAGGGUAGCCCAACGGUGUUUCAAGUUACCUGCAGUAGAUCUGUUUCAAGGUUAAUCACUGGUAAUCGGAAUACAAUGGAAUAGAUAAUCAUUUAACAAGAGGUUGAUUCAUCGAAGAAAUUUAUUUUGGAAAUAUAUGAAGAUCCAGUGCGUGCAUAAGAUAUCAAUGGUAUCCUAAAACUGGUUUUCUUUGUUCUAUCGUCAACAUCUUGAAGUAACAGAACUGUCUUUGGCAAGUGGGAGCAAUACAGUGAGUGAGUGUGCAAGUUCCCUUGAAAGAAAUCUGGUUUACCUCAUUCUCGGUAACAGAAUCCGACAACACCUGAGUGAAGAACAUUGUUGCCAAAUAAAGAAGACAAGGCAUGGUGGUUGGGGAUCGUAGCAUGCACUUGUGCAUCAGUAGUGCGGAAGCAUCCUGACGAUGGUUUUAUGAAUUGUGCGCAAGAAGAAACUACGAGGCAACGUAUCGGAAUAGCACUGCGCGCUUCACCGGAUAUAGCACGCAGCAGCACAGAACUCCGACCGGAGAUUGCAGAUUUGUUUCUUGAUAAUUAAUGUUCAUUAAUUGUGAUUUGUGAUGAGGCAUGCAUCCGUAUGGAUGUGCAUUCUGACGUUCUAUAACCUCCAAUCGUCUUCGUUAGCUGCAAUCGUACCCCCACCAUGGAGUGACCCGAAUAAAAAUCCCUGUGCCAGUCAACCCGGUGGAUGGCAGCUACUUUAUUGGCCUCCGCUCAAAAAAUGUUACAAAAUUUUUCAGCUAGGGUAUCCCUGCCCCGAAACAAUGGAACUAAGCCCGGUAGGAGUGGGAUCCACUAGCACGGGAUCGACAGCAGAGUGCCGCUGUCCACCAGGAACCGCUCAAUCCCCAUUAACGAAACGAUGCCAUCGGUUAUUCGAGCGAGAGCCUUGCGAGUUUGGACAAUUUUUCGCACCGCUUGCCGAUACAGAUGUGAAGAGUGCCAUACCAAAACAACGAUGGGGUACAUGUAAAUCGGCACAAAUGUGUGAGAGUGGAAUGAUUUACUGGCCACAGGACAACAAAUGUUACCAACUGUAUACCAAAGGACCCUGCGCGAAGGGAAAGUUAAUGAGCUUAGAUUCUGAUGGAAUAGCUAAAUGCAAGUGUAAAGACGAAGGGGAGUUGAGCAAUUAUUUCUAUGACGAGACGGAAACAUGCCAUGAAUUUUUCACUAAGGGACCAUGCUUGCGCACAGGAGAGCUAUUUCUCCCUUCAAAGAAGUGUGCAUGCCAUCAAAGAUUGCCACAUUUUCAUAACGAAUCAAAUCAAUGUUACGAAUUAGGCACUAUUGGGCCUUGUCCUGUUGGGCACACAUUCAUUAUAACCGAUAAAAGGGGGCAACAAGAGGUAAGCUCAAUGAAGGCAGAGUGUCGAUGUAAAGAAAACUACGUUCUAUGGAAGGACGGUUAUUGCUACAAGUUGUAUACACAGGGCCCAUGUGAGACAGGAUCCUUUCUGAUAGAUUCAAACGUUUGCUUACCUAACCCAUGUGAGAAAGGUAGAUUGUAUUUUCCUAAAGAAAAAACAUGUUAUCGAAUAGGAUCACAGGGUCCCUGCACUUUGCACCAGGUGGUUAUAUUUGACUUUACAACAAGACCGUCAUUGGAUGGCAUUUCCUAUAACGGAAUUUGCGGAUGCUCUGGAGUCAUCCAUAACUUAGAUCAGUCAUGUACAGAUGAUGAAGUUCCUAAAAGUGCUUGUGAUAGUACGCCUGAUAUGGUGGAGAUAAAUAAACAAUGUUAUAAGCUUUACACUCGUGGGCUUUGCGGUCCAGGACAGUGGCUUGAACAAAAGACAUCGUCAAAUGUUCGUGCGGCUACAUGCGUCUGUAGGCCAGGAUACACUCCAUAUGAUUCACCGAUGCAAAACGGCGUAAUCGGCUGUCAACCACCGGCCGUGGGACUCGCCAGGUGGUUCAUGAGCCUGUUAGGAUUUGCAUCGCCCGAACCAGAGGAAUACUAAGUUACCAAA